CCCGCCUCUUCCUCUCGGUCCCAUAUUGAACUCGAGUUGGAAGAGGCGAGUCCGGUCUCAAAAUGGAGGUAAAACCGCCGCCCGGUCGCCCCCAGCCCGACUCCGGCCGUCGCCGCCGUCGCCGGGGGGAGGAGGGCCAUGAUCCAAAGGAACCAGAGCAGCUGCGGAAGCUGUUUAUUGGUGGUCUGAGCUUCGAAACUACAGAUGAUAGUUUAAGAGAACAUUUUGAGAAAUGGGGCACACUCACAGAUUGUGUGGUAAUGAGAGAUCCUCAGACAAAACGUUCCAGGGGCUUCGGUUUUGUGACUUAUUCUUGUGUUGAAGAGGUGGAUGCAGCCAUGUGUGCUAGACCCCACAAGGUUGAUGGACGUGUUGUGGAACCAAAGAGAGCGGUUUCUAGAGAGGAUUCUGUGAAGCCAGGAGCCCAUCUAACAGUGAAGAAAAUUUUUGUUGGUGGUAUUAAAGAAGAUACAGAAGAAUAUAAUUUGAGAGACUACUUUGAAAAAUAUGGCAAGAUUGAAACCAUAGAAGUUAUGGAAGACCGGCAGAGUGGAAAAAAGAGAGGAUUUGCUUUUGUAACUUUUGAUGAUCAUGAUACAGUUGAUAAAAUUGUUGUUCAGAAAUACCACACUAUUAAUGGGCAUAAUUGUGAAGUGAAAAAGGCCCUCUCUAAACAAGAGAUGCAGUCUGCUGGAUCACAAAGAGGUCGUGGAGGUGGAUCUGGCAACUUUAUGGGUCGUGGAGGAAACUUUGGAGGUGGUGGAGGUAAUUUUGGACGUGGUGGAAACUUUGGUGGAAGAGGAGGCUAUGGUGGUGGAGGUGGUGGCAGCAGAGGUAGCUAUGGAGGAGGUGAUGGUGGAUACAAUGGAUUUGGAGGUGAUGGUGGCAACUAUGGCGGCGGUCCUGGUUAUAGUAGUAGAGGAGGCUAUGGUGGUGGUGGACCAGGUUAUGGAAACCAAGGUGGAGGAUAUGGUGGUGGUGGAGGAGGAUAUGAUGGUUACAAUGAAGGAGGAAAUUUUGGUGGUGGUAACUACGGUGGUGGUGGCAACUAUAAUGAUUUUGGAAAUUACAGUGGACAACAGCAAUCAAAUUAUGGACCCAUGAAGGGGGGCAGUUUUGGUGGAAGAAGCUCUGGCAGUCCAUAUGGUGGUGGUUAUGGAUCUGGUGGUGGAAGUGGUGGAUAUGGUAGCAGAAGGUUUUAAAAACACCAGAAAAAGGGUUGAAUGUGAACCCUACUUGCCUAAAUGAGGAAUGUCUUUCCUACCAUCUUAAAUACGAAGGUUUCUGGCUGGGUAAGGUUUGUAGCUCACAGUAAAACCUAUGACAUUUAUUUUCCCACAAAUCUAUUACAUAUUUAGAAUUUCAUCCCCCACUAGUAGGGACAUUGGCGAGAUUCUCAAGCUGAAUUUUUGGUACCACAUUCAAACUUUAAAGCCUUCACUUUUUUAAUUCCCCUGCAAUAACCAUUAGUGUUCAUAAGUUAGACAUGGCAUCUUUUUUUCAUCUAUAUAGAUAGAGUUCAUUUUAAGUGUCUAGGGUAAUACAAUUUCCAGUAAAAGAAAGUAUGAAAACGUUAUUGUUGUAAUAAGCAUAACUUCUGACAUGAUUAAGCUGCCAAUCCUCAUGCUUAGGAAAAACACAAUGAAUUUAACAGUUGAUGAAACAAGAUCUCUGUUCAAGUGUCCUCAAGUUACCUUGCACGCAAACUCAAUUAUUUGUACCAGCAGGUUAAAUUUUGUUUGGUUUAUCUAAACAGUAAGGUUCUGAUACUAUUUCUAAAAGACACCUUUCCCCCCCCACAUUUUGGUUGCUACUUAAAUCAGUUGCUGAUUGUCAUAAGGGCUACUUUUUCUGCCCUAAAAGGGCUUGUUAAAAAAUUGAGGUUUAAUAACACUUUUCAGGGGACAGUCACUCCAAAUGUACUAGUUUCUAAGUUGUAAGUCAGUGUCUUAACAUGAACAGCAAUAGCUCACCAGGGUGUAUUUGCAGAGAAAGGUUGGGUCUAGAUCAGAACUGGAAUUUCUCAAUCAGAAUUAAGGUAAUAACCUUUCUACAUGGUUUAGU